CCUCAAGCAACCGGAAGUGGGAUGUGAUGUGAAAAAAAACCCCUCACACUCGACUUUUCCUUUUUUUUCCCCCUCCGUGUGGAUUGUAACACGGCGAGAAGAAAAGAGAAUACGUGUGUUUAAGUUUUUAAACACCGACCCUGGACGCGACGCCGAUGAGUUAGUUUCCCCGGAGGUCGUUCGGAGGUUGUUCGGCUGAAGAGACGCCGCUGAGGGGAAAAGUCAGGAGGUGACGCUCAGCAGAGAUGUAGUGUGUGUUCUGCAGAGGGAGACUCUGAUGCCUCACCAUGUUACUGCUCCUGCUGUUGGUCCUAAAUCCUAAAGCCAAUGCUCAGAUAGACCCAGCACUGUGCCGCUACCCUCUUGGCAUGGAGGAUGGCAGAAUCAAGAAUGAUGACAUCACAGCCUCCAGCCAAUGGCACGAAACGACCGGGCCACGGUACGCCAGGCUGAACAGGGAGGAGGGCGACGGCGCAUGGUGUCCUGCGGGUCAGCAGCAGCCGACCGAUGUUCAGUACCUUCAGCUGGACCUGCGUCAGCUCACCUUCCUGACGGUGGUGGCCACACAGGGGCGCUAUGCCCGCAGCUCCGGCAACGAGUUCGCCCGCAAGUACCGGCUCGCCUACAGCCGAGACGGCCAUCGCUGGAUCUCCUGGAGGAACCGCUUCGGCAACGAGAUCAUCACGGCGAAUAUGAACACAUACGACUCGGUGGUGAAAGACCUCCACCCGCCCAUCAUCACACGCUUUCUCCGCCUCAUCCCCGUCAUGGACGCCGUGCACACCGUCUGCAUGCGUGUCGAGCUGUUCGGCUGCGCCUGGCAAGAUGGGUUGACAGCGUACAGCGCACCUGAGGGCCACACCAUGAUGGCUCCUGGACAUCCCAUCACCCCCCUGAACGACUCCACCUACGAUGGAGUUCAGGAGCGCAGGAGGUUGUUGGGAGGUCUUGGCCAGCUGACGGACGGUGUGAUCGGUCUGGAUGAUUUCUCUCAGACGCGUCAGUAUAUGCCCUGGCCCGGUUACUACUAUGUGGGCUGGAGGAACGACUCUCUGGGACCGGGCUACAUUGAGAUGGAGUUCCAGUUUGACCGGCAGAGGAACUUCACCUCUAUGAAGGUUCACAGUAACAACAUGUUCUCGCGCGGCGUGAAGGUCUUCUCAUCCGUGUCGUGUGUGUUUAAGCCACGGCUGAUUUCGCUGUGGGAGCAGGAGACUGUGGAGUUUCACACGGUUCUGGAUGAUCGGAACCCGAGCGCUCGGUACGUCACCGUGCCCCUGGAGCGCAGAGUGGCUACGGCCAUCCGCUGCAGGUUCUACUUCGCAGACACCUGGAUGAUGUUCAGUGAGAUCUCCUUCCAGUCAGUGACCAGCCCGCUGCCCACGCUGGGGCCACCACUGAUGACAUCAACGACGCUUGAAGCGCAGACCCGUGUGCCGACCACGCCUACAGGUACAGCUACAGGCGCUGACUUGGUAACGUCUAAGCCCCGCCCACCUGAAGAGAGCAGCACAUCUGUUCUGAUUGGCUGUCUGGUCACAAUCAUCCUCCUGCUGGUGGUCAUCAUCUUCCUCAUCCUGUGGUGGCAGUAUGUGUGCAAAGUCUUGGAAAAGGGUCCGAGGCGUAUCCUGGAUGAGGAGGUGAUGGUGCGUUUGCCCUGCAGCAGUGACUCUCAGUCUCACUCGCCCCCUCUGGACUCCCUGGACUCUCCAUACGAGAGAGUGUUUCUGCUUGACACACGCACACACACUCCGGAGCGCGCUGAGCUUAGAGCCAAAGCCCCAGAUUUGGGUGGUGGUUACGCCGAGCCGGACAUUACCCAGUGUACCCAUCACCAGAGCCUCCAGUCCAGCGUUCCUCACUAUGCUGAGACCCUGAUUGUAAAGCUGCAGGGUGUUACCGGCGGCAACACUUACGCCAUCCCCGCCCUCACUGCAGACUCUCUGACACGGAAAGACAUCACCGCUCCCGAGUUUCCAAGGGAACGCCUCAUCUUCCGGGAGAAACUGGGGGAGGGGCAGUUUGGAGAGGUGCACCUGUGUGAAGCGGAGGGUCUGGUGGAGUUUUUAGAAGAGGACGCUCCUCCGUUAUCCGAUGGCGAGAACUCUGUGCUGGUGGCGGUGAAACAGCUGAGAGCCGAUGCCACCACCAACGCCAGGAAUGAUUUCCUGAAAGAGAUAAAGAUCAUGUCACGGCUGAACCACCCGAACAUCAUCCGCCUGCUGUGUGUGUGUGUGCACUCGGACCCCCUGUGCAUGGUGACGGAGUACAUGGAGAACGGAGACCUCAACAUGUUCCUUUCUCAGAGAGAGAUUGAGAGCACGCUCACGCAUGCCAACAACAUCCCGUCUGUCAGUAUGACAAAUCUGCUGCACAUGGCCGUUCAGAUCGCGUCCGGGAUGAAGUACCUGGCGUCCCUGAACUUUGUGCACCGCGACCUGGCAACGCGCAACUGCCUCCUGGACCGACAGCUCACCAUCAAGAUCUCCGACUUCGGCAUGAGCAGGAACCUGUACAGCAGCGACUACUACAGAAUCCAGGGCCGGGCCGUGCUGCCUAUACGCUGGAUGGCAUGGGAGAGCAUCCUGCUGGGUAAGUUCACCACGGGAAGUGACGUCUGGGCGUUCGGUGUGACUCUGUGGGAAAUCUUCACUCUGUGUACGGAGCAGCCCUACAGUCUACUGACGGAUGAGCAGGUCAUCGAGAACAGUGGAGAGUUCUUCAGGAACCAGGGGAGACAGAUCUACCUGUCCCCUCCCCCGCUGUGCCCCGCCCCUCUGUAUGAACUGAUGAUGCGUUGCUGGAGGCGUGACAUCAGAGACCGCCCCUCCUUCCACAGCCUGCACCAGGCCUUACGACUCCACUCCCCUCGCUCUUGACUGACAUAUAUACUCCAGCCAGUCAGCUCCGAGUGUGAGCCUGCAGUCAUUCCCCUGAGGAGAACCAUAAACUGGACAGCUUUAAUGUAGCGGUGGUGGAGGAGAGCUUCAGAGACGACGACGAUGAUGAUGAUGAUGAUGAUGAUGAUGUCAUUCUGAGACACUCUUUUCUGUUUUCAGUCCUGGAGCACUUGUUUAUUUCUGUUCCAUAAGCAUCUAAGAGCGCUGGCGAGGCCUGUUGGGACUUGGGGGUGUGGCUUCAGUCCAGAGACACUUGAGAUGUUUGUCCUGUUAUUGUUUGUAAAAAUUUAAUAUUGUUUUCGUAACACGUUCGGAAUUUUCUUUCCUUUUCCCGUCCUUGUGAUGUGUCUCUGAGCCUACUGUACGCUCACGGCCUCAAAGACACAGUUCAGCCCAGAAUGAUGCGUACACAGGUUGUAUUUAGGAGUGUGUGUGUGUGUGUGAGGUGAUUUGUACAGUGGAGGCUUUAGGCUUCCUUUACAGGCUGACCAGCGGAGGAUGUGUACGUUUUAUUUUAUACUGAAAUGUUUCUUUAAGGAACCAACUGGAGGAGUGUGUUUGUGUUUGAGUGUGUGUGAGUGUCUGUCUGUCUGUCCUGUGGUCCCUCAUUGCUCAGCACUACUGCCUGUGUUCACAUAGUGUGUGUGUGUGUGUGUGUGGAUGUUGUGUGUGUGUUUGUGGUCACUCCCUCCCACACUGGAGUUAUGAAUCCUGACUAUAAUGUGGAUUUUUUUUGUAUGUAUGUGUGUGAUUAUAAGUUUCUGUAUAUGAAUGUUUUACAGGUUCAUUUGAGAGAGCAGAACUACUGUCAUAGCUAAACGAGUGGAGCGCUUUCCUGAGAGAGAGAGAGAGAGAGAGAGAGAGUGUGUAUGUGUGUGUAAGAGACUGGAUCUUUCUCUUGAUCAAAUCAUGUUUGCUGUAGUAUUGCCUUCACCUCGUAUACCUCCCCUCCCCCCCACCCCAAGACCUUUACACUCCUCAGAGUUGUUUAAGACGCCCAGGAGCACACUUCUCGCAGUGCAUUAUGGGUAAUCUGUAAAUGUCCUGUGUGUUUAUGCGAUCCUGAUGCUCCUGAACAUCACAAUCAUCUCUGAGGGAUCUCGAGGACUUUGUGUAAAGCAAAGAGAACAGAAUAUUCCAGAAGCGGAGAAGCCGAGACCUGACCUCCCUCUCCGUCUCUCUGAGCAGCACGUCUCUCCCUUCUCUUAUCACUAAUUCAUGUUUUAUUUAGCUUCAUUCUGUGGUGCUUAUGUUCUCACACACUUUUUUCUGCGUGCAUGACGUCUCAUCUCAGUCCUCGGUGUGUCAGGUGUGUGUGUGUGUGUAUCAGGUGUGUGUGUGUGUCGGUUCCUCCACUUCCUGUGCGGCUCAGCUGCUCGUGCGUUUGGCUCUCAGGGGGAUUUUAGGAGGAUCUUCUGUAUGGCUGUGUGUGUGUGUGUAAGGUCUCUGUUAUAAGCAGUGUGUGUAUGGCUGUAGCAUGUACAUAAGCAGAUCAGAUGUGUGUAAUAUAUACGGGGGUGAAGGAGGACGUAUUGCUGCAUAGCGUUUCUCCCAGAGCUUUUCUUCUGCUCCUGUUUUCUUCAUUCUUAUUAAAAAAAUAUCAA